UUCAGAGUUAGUCGGGGUUACACUGUGCUUGGAAGAGGCGGAAGCCCACGGAACACUGAAGUCUUGAAAAAGCUGCCCACCAGCAGAAGCAGAAGGAAGUCGAGCAGGGAAGCAGGUAGCAGACCGCCUGAUUUCCCGCAAAAAAAAAAAACAGAGCUUUUCGAGAGUCUCCGUUCCACCCCUCUUCCGCCAUGGCAGCAGCAGAUGUAGCCCUGUCGCUAGUGAAGCUCCUGGGGGCGUUAAUAGUCUCCCUCUACUACAUUUUGGAGGCCCUGGUAGUGGGCAUAAUACCCCGGGCGUUCAUGCGAAAGAGCGUGGAGGGCGACGUGGCCCUGGUGACCGGCGGCGGGUCGGGCAUCGGGCGCCUCCUGUGUCUUAAGCUAGCCGCACGCGGAGCCAAGGUCGUCACCUGGGACGUCAACGCCACCGGCAACGACGAGACGGUGCGCCAAGUGUCGGCGGCCGGAGGCGAGUGCUGGGCCUACACCGUCGACCUCUGCGACCGCCACUCCAUCUACAAGGUCGCCGCCAGGGUCAAAGAGGAGGUUGGCAAGGUGGACAUCCUGGUGAACAACGCUGGCAUCGUGACGGGCAGGAACUUCAUCGACUCGCCCGACGAACUCAUCCUGAAGACGUUCGAAGUCAACACCCUCAGCCACUUCUGGACCACGAAGGCCUUCCUCCCCGAAAUGAUUUCCGCCAACAAGGGUCAUGUGGUGACUGUGGCCUCUUUGGCUGGCCUUUCUGGGGUCAACAAGCUCAGUGACUACUGUGCCUCCAAGUUUGCUGCUGUGGGCUUUGAUGAGAGUCUGCGGCUUGAGUUACUGGUUGAAGGACAUACAGGAGUCCACACUACAGUUGUGUGUCCAUACUAUAUUAGCACUGGAAUGUUUGAUGGAGUUAAAUCAAGUCUGUUCCCAAUUUUAAAGCCGGAGUAUGUGGCCUCUGAGGUGAUAGAUGGUAUCUUGCUAAACCGCUACAUUGUCAUCCUGCCUUCUUUCUGCAGAUUCAUGAUUCUUUUGAAAUACAUCCUUCCAUUUAAGGGGGCUUAUCAAAUCUACAAGGCAUGCGGAGGACACAUUUCCAUGGACGGGUUCCAGGGUCGCAGCAAGGACUCACAGCAGCAGCUCAAGAUGACCAAUGGACCAGAGAAGCAGAAGUCGCAAGGAACCCCAGAGGUGUAAAAGUGUAGCAUAUUGAUGACUUUCUUUUUAGUUCAACAUUUCCCUGUAAGCUGUUAGUAAUAAUAUGUAUAGAUUUGUCUUUUUUACUUUUGAAAACAAAAUGAAUAAAUUAAUGAAGAGAAAGUAA